CUCACCUAACCCAUCAUCAGAUCUGAGCUACUCUCUUCAAGAUUAUUACUGUCAAGUCUGACUCAACGAUAUAAGCUGUCAAGAUGCGUGUUUUCAUCACACUUCUGUUGGUGGCUGUUGCCAGUGCCGAACUUGCCCCACUUCUUAAGAACACCGAACCCAUUCCAGGAAAGUAUAUUAUCAAACUGAAGGAUGGUUUCAAUGUCGAUGACACGGCCUCUCGUGUUCGUCUAUCCGGUGGACAUGUUCGUCAUAUCUAUAAAGCAGUCAUCAAGGGAUUGGCUGCUGAACUCACCGAUACGGUCCUUGAUGCUGUGCGCAACCUCCCGGCGGUGGAAUACGUAGAAGAAGAUGGCGUCUAUCGUACUCAGGACGUAACCUGGGGUCUGGAUCGUAUUGAUCAACGCUUUCUUCCACUGGACAAUAGUUUCGAUCCUUUGGGUGAUGGUGGUUAUUAUUACACUGUGUACGUUUUGGAUACCGGCAUACGUGACACACAUAAUGAGUUUGAUGGCCGCGCUGAUCACAUUGAGGAUGUUAACUUUGCCGGUGAUGGAAAAAACUACGAAUGUAAUGGGCACGGUACCCACUGUGCUGGAACCGUAGGAUCGAGGAACUAUGGCGUAGCCAAGAGCGUCCAAAUCAAAGGCGUCAAGGUUCUCAGUUGUGAGGGGUACGGUAGCGUCUCUGGAAUCGUCGCGGGAUGUGAGUAUGUGAUGGGUAUAGCUACGAAAGGAUACUCUGUCGUUUCUAUGUCUAUUGGAGGAGGAUACUCCGCGUCCUUUAAUGCCGCCAUCGAUGCAUUGUAUAAUGCACAAAUACCUGCUGUUGUAUCAGCUGGUAAUGACAACAGGGAUGCAUGCCUUCAGUCUCCAGCUUCGGCCGAAUAUGCAAUCACCGUUGGAGCAACGGAUGUCAAUGACAAACGUUCGUCAUUCUCAAACUAUGGAAGUUGUGUGGAUAUCUUUGCUCCUGGUACUUACAUUGAAUCGACUUGGUACACCAGUGAUACUUCUACUUACUUCAUGAGUGGAACGUCCAUGGCAUGCCCCCAUGUCGCUGGUGCCGUCACUCUGUUCGGCAACCUUUUCAACAUGUUCAACAGAGCCUCAAUGGACAAGCUCAGUGACCUAGGACAAGACUCUCCCAAUUCUCUACUCUACGUGGGACAUGACUCUGCAGAAUAAUCAUAAGUCAAGAUCGAGGGCAUUAAAGAUGACAGCAUCAUUCUGAUUUGAUGGACCAACAUAAAAUUAGAUAUAAUGAGGACUCUACUUCUGUUUGAAAAAUUAUUCUCUUGAAGCGAGCUUAACAUGCACAAUGUAUUCAUUUAAAUUCUGUUAAUUUCUCUUGCAUUAUGUGAUAAAUCAGGCAUUACACGGUGUUGUUAAAAGAAGGAAUGGGGGGGGGGGGCUCUUUUUCUCUAAGGGUAGAACACAACACCAUCAAUAUUCUGUUUGAGAUAUCGACAUUUUCAAGAUUGCAUGUACUUUGAUUGGUUUAUUUUAUUUUUCUUCCGGCCCCACUGUUAUUUGGCGAUUUAUGCCACGUGUAAUGACUGGUUUUUCAUUUUUCUUCAAAGUUUACCAGUCAUAGAUGAUGUUUGAUUAACUUUGAUUAAUCUCGAAAUAAAAUCGAUGAGAAUUUAUAAAAGAA